GGUCUUGCAGAAGCCAAGGAUUUGCGUUCUGGGCUUGGCAAAGUGCAUAGGAAGAAGACAGGGCUCCCCGGCUGGGAGGAGGGAGGAGAGCUGAAGAUCCUCGCCUGGGCUGCCUCAGCUAAGCAAAGUGGGCAGCUCAGUGCCUGAAAGAGGACUGGGCUCGCUCGCACUAGAUCAGUAAGUGGUGACUGUAUGGCUUAAGGAAGGAUGGGUGCCCCUGGGUCAUGGGGUAAACUUGAAAAUGUUGCUUGAUUCCAGGGGAAAGCUGCAAGGCUACUUACUGGCUCUGUGUGCUUUCUGUGUCGAGCGCAGACUAGAGGCUUAAGUACAGAAAUCAGAACUCCAAAUGCUUCCUCCCAGUCCUGGAAAAUGACAACUUCUCCAGAGUAGUUGUGGACAUAAUCUUCUUUCCUGAUCCCUCUUCCCAGACAGUUGGGAUUGAGUGGGGAAAGUGAACUGUAAUAUUAACAGAAAUUGCAGUUUCUUAUUGUUUUCUGUAUGUGCUGACAUUGUUAUAUCUAUUAACAGUAAUCUUCAGGGAAGUCUGAAGAUUUAAGGGGCUUAAAUGGGGAAAUUGAGUUUUUAUGACCAGGAGACUGAGUAGUCCAUAUAUUAGGGAUUAAAUACAAAAUGUAUGUUAUAAAUAAUUGAUGUGUUUUUAAAAAUCAUUAAAGGGGAGCAGCAGCCAGGAAGCAUUAAAGUGCAUGAUAAAAAAAAAAAAUUAGAAAAAAGAAAAUUCCACAUCCAUGGCUUUUUGCAGUAGCCAAAAAUUUCAGGAUGUUUACAAAGUCAGGACAGUGAUUCAGGAAUACUUCAAUUAUUGUUGUACAUUAUUAAUACUGUUGCCGGGCAAGAUCUGUGGUUCUCUGGUCAGCAAGUUCUGGCAAUGAAGCCACUGCCGCUGGUGCAAAGAAUUCUGGGAUGUCUGACAGUGAAAUGGAUGGAAGGACUCACAUUCCAUCUCUACUUAAUGCCCUUUUGUCCAGAAAUCGGGUCAUGCAGAUGAGCUAUUUGAAAAGUAAAGAACAAGGCUAUGGGAAGCUAAGCAGUGAUGAAGACCUCAAAAUAAUUGUUGACCAGAAGCAGGUAGUAGGUGUAACCUUGAAGAAAAAAUGGCACUGUCUUCAAAAAAGUGACCUGACCCUGGCUUUGGGAAAAGGCUCUAGGGCUGCCGAUAAGGCUGUUGCCAUGGUGAUGAAGGAGAUACCGAGGGAGGAGUCUGCAGAAGAAAAGCCCCUCCUUACUGUGACAUCACAGCUGGUGAAUGAACAGCAAGAAAGCAGACCUCUCCUGAGCCCCUCCAUCGACGACUUCCUCUGUGAAACCAAAUCCGAGGCCAUUGCAAAGCCAGUAACGUCCAACACAGCUGUGUUGACCACUGGCUUGGAUCUCCUUGACCUGAGUGAACCCAUCUCUCAGACUCAAACCAAAGCCAAGAAAUCUGAGUCCUCAUCAAAGAGCUCAUCCCUCAAGAAGAAAGCUGAUGGCUCUGACCUCAUCAGUGCAGACACUGAGCAGAGAGCACAGGCUCUCCGAGGACCGGAGACGUCAUCCUUAGAUUUGGACAUUCAAACACAACUGGAAAAAUGGGAUGACGUCAAGUUUCACGGUGACCGGACAAGCAAGGGGCAUCUCAUGGCAGAGAGAAAGUCAUGCUCAUCUAGAGCAGGAUCCAAAGAGCUCCUGUGGUCCUCAGAACACAGAUCUCAGCCGGAGCUGAGUGCUGGGAAAAGUGCCCUCAACUCCGAGUCAGCUUCCGAGUUGGAACUUGUGACUCCGGCACAGGCGCGGCUGACCAAAGAGCAUCGAUGGGGGAGCGCCCUGCUCUCCAGAAACCAUUCCUUAGAAGAGGAGUUUGAAAGAGCAAAAGCAGCAGUAGAGUCAGAUACGGAGUUCUGGGACAAGAUGCAGGCCGAAUGGGAAGAAAUGGCUCGGAGAAACUGGAUAUCUGAGAACCAGGAGACUCAGAACCAAGUCACCGUCUCGGCCAGUGAGAAGGGAUAUUACUUCCACACUGAAAACCCCUUCAAAGACUGGCCUGGAGCGUUUGAAGAAGGCUUAAAAAGGCUGAAGGAAGGAGACCUGCCUGUCACCAUCCUGUUCAUGGAAGCAGCAAUUCUUCAGGACCCUGGAGACGCUGAGGCAUGGCAGUUUCUUGGAAUAACCCAGGCAGAGAAUGAAAACGAACAAGCAGCCAUUGUUGCCCUCCAGAGGUGCCUGGAGUUGCAACCCAACAACCUGAAAGCUCUGAUGGCCUUGGCUGUGAGCUACACCAACACCGGCCAUCAGCAAGAUGCCUGCGAGUCUCUGAAGAACUGGAUCAAGCAGAACCCAAAGUACAAGUACCUUGUGAAGAACAAGAAAAGCUCUCCAGGCCUCACUCGGAGGAUGUCUAAGUCCCCAGUUGACAGCUCUGUUCUGGAAGGAGUGAAGGAACUAUACCUGGAAGCUGCCCACCAAAACGGCGACCUGAUCGACCCAGACCUGCAGACUGGUCUCGGAGUCCUAUUCCACCUGAGUGGGGAGUUCAACAGAGCAAUUGAUGCAUUUAACGCUGCCUUAACUGUUCGGCCAGAGGAUUACUCAUUGUGGAACCGUCUUGGAGCAACCUUGGCAAAUGGAGACCGCAGCGAGGAAGCUGUGGAGGCCUACACAAGAGCACUGGAGAUUCAGCCAGGUUUCAUCCGGUCCAGAUACAACCUGGGGAUCAGCUGCAUCAAUCUGGGUGCCUACAGAGAAGCUGUCAGCAACUUUCUCACCGCCCUCAGUUUGCAAAGGAAGAGCAGGAACCAGCAACAAGUCCCUCACCCUGCCAUCUCGGGGAACAUCUGGGCUGCCCUCAGGAUCGCACUGUCGUUGAUGGACCAGCCAGAACUCUUCCAGGCAGCCAACCUCGGUGACCUGGAUGUUCUCCUGAGAGCUUUCAACUUGGAUCCUUGAAAGAAGAGGAAAAAAAAAAUAAAGAAUAAUAAGCCCUCAUCUGUGUGAUUAUACUAAAAAGGGACAAAACUAUUUUAUUAUGAAUUUCCAAAAAAAAAAUUUUUUAAGGAUAAAGCAGAGAGUCAAAGGCCAUGGUCAUAUAACCCAAGGGAAUUGAUUCCUACAGACAAUACCCAGCCUCUGUUCAGACCCAAAAGCACAAAGUCAGGUUCAAGAGAAGAACUGAGAUUCUCAGGACAAAUCGAGAUAAGGUAACUGCACUCUUCCAGGUUGCAAGCAGACUUUGAGUUGUGCUAUCCUCGUCACAGCUGAUGGCACAUCUGACAGGUGUUCAUGGACAUAGCAAGACAAUUUGUCUGCAGUCAGUGAACUCAGGCUGCCUCUAAACUGUCUCCCCUUUUUGCAAGACUGACCAGUAGUUUGGGCCAUUGGCACACGCACACGAACACCCUGACUAAAGGCAGGCAUUGCUCCCCUCCUCCCGUUUCAACUUUUACUGUAAGCCUUUGUUUCCAGAGAGAGAGAGCUUUGCUGGCAAAAGCAGUUUUUGCACUAGAAGUUUUUGCUGUUCCCAAUGAAAUCCUUUCUAGGAUUGUAUAUAAGCACUUUAAUAUCUUAUUUAUGCCUUGCUGGGCUUCUGCCUUGCUGCUCCAGUUUCUAACUUGGGGGUUGGGGGGAGGGGCGGUAAAAGAAUUGAGAACUCAGACUUGUUAGCUCAAUGGACCAAAUAAAAAAUUCUAAGACUAGUUUUUCUUAGCGUAGGGUUUUUGAAGGUGUGUUGGCAUAGAAUGUAGGUAUGUUAAACCCAGUUUGGGGGUUUUUGUUUGUUUGUUUGUUUGUUUGCCUGCUUUCUGGGACUCUAUGGAUCUCAGUGGGAAGCAAAAUUCUGACUCUGCAGAAGGAAGCUUGGUGAUUCUGCAGUUUCUAGUGAGUUUGUGUUAACUUGUUUUCAUAUCCUGUUUUCCUGGCUUCCUAACUGCCUUGCACAAGUAUGUAUGUUUUAAACUGUUACUAUUUUAAAUGGUAUUUCUUAAGUGUGAUAAAUACAUUUUUCCUAAAGCUGAUAUGUUUCCUGAGUUCCAUAGUAACCCAUACUGUCCACCUCCUCACAGUGUGGGGGACAGAAGGCCACAUUGUAACCAAGCUACACAGCUCUUCUCUGAAAGAGGCCCUCACAGCUUCCUCCCUAUUUUAAACACUCAGCAGGAACCAGGCCUUCUCAUUGGCUGAGACAUUUUACUUAAUUGUUGACCUUCCACAUAUUUGUUUAGAUUACUUUGAGGGUAUUUGGAGCUUGGUGGUUAUUUCAAAAGAUGUGUUUAUAAAGAAUUGGGGAAAAAAUGUUGGUGAAUCACUAGCCAAAAUACCAUUUUCCUCAGCUCUAAUUCUAGUAGAUGCUCUACUUUUCAUUUUGCCCCCUUCCUGCCUCCAGGGUAUUCCUUAAAGUAGUCUGAUCCCAACUUUUUCAUGUGCAUUGCUUAGUAAUAACUCAUUCCACUAACAAUUGUAGUUACCACAAACUAUAUUUUGGGUCAAAGCAGAUUACCUGACUGUAGAAUCAUCUACCACUGAUGAAAAAGGUACCCAGAGGUUGAUUGAACUCUCCUUUCACUGUGGAGUUCCCUAGAUUGUGAGAGGUCUGAAGCGCACAGGUGACUACAAGCCCUGGGACUUAGCUUCCUGGCUUACAAGGUCAAGGUGGUGAGGGCAUGGGAGGAGGCACGGGAGUGCCACCAACUUUGCUCCCUAUAGCCAGACACAGAGCCAUUAGCGCAUCCGUUCCUGGGCACGGAGACAACUCAUGUGCUUUCUAAUAAUAGUCUGGGCAGCAAAGGAGAGCUCAAAUGUAUUUUGAAGAGCAGAAUUUUCUAGACUGUUAGAUUGGGAAGGCCUCUUUGGGCCAAGCACUGCCUGCUUGGACGCUGCUGAUGGUGUAGCGAUUAUUUCUCCUCCCUCCUCUUAACUGUCACCUGACCACCUGAUGUGAGACCCUUCCGAGCCUGUGCACAAAGAGUUAAAGCAGACUUCAUGACCCUUCUGCUCUUGACGCUGUCCCGGCCCUCGGAUAGUGACCUACCACAUCCUCGGCCUUGUCACCACGUCACACCAGAGCUCAGUCACAGCCUAGCUAGUACAAAGGUGGGCAGUUUGAAUUCAUUUGAUUGCUGCUCAGUAGUGUCAACUCUCGUGGCCCAAGUUUAUCUUGUCAUUGGAAUGCCAAGUAACAUCAAACCCCAGGAAGUUAUUUUUGGGGGCAGUUGACAGUUUUCCGCUUCGCCAUUGUGUGACAGUCUGUAGGACAUUAGCUGGGCCUUUAUGCACUCCUUCAGUUAUGUUCAUCACAAUCAAGAUUUUUAUUGGCUACCGUCUGUCAGGAAGUUCCAAAUUAUUGCCUAAGAGGAAAAGAGCUGAGAUUUUCAGUGUUAUCAUAACAAUGCUAAGUAAACACCAAUAAAAAGUAAAAGUUAGAAUAAAGCCACAGCAGACACUACACAGUGAGCCUUCGGUCUCUUCCGUCCCACACAGUGUCUGCAUCUUCUUUCUAUUUGCUUUUAAAACCCAGAACCAUUGGGAGCUUUUCAUCUUUAUGGCAAGAAAUUGCCUUUUCUCUUUCCAUUUAGAAGAGUGGGGCAUUCUUUUGAGGCCCUGGGGAGGAGCCUGGGGAUGCUAUUCAUUCAUAUAAUGGCCACUCAGUGGCUUCCAGGGACUGAUUUUGCCAGUGAUUUGGAUGAAAAUGCAGAGAGAAACAUUUGAAACUGCUGAGUUUCAAAAUGUUACAAGUUCUGAUAGGACAGCUCUUCUAUGCAAAGAAAAGGCAUCAUAAAGGGGACCUGGGGAUAAUAGCUCAAUGGGUACGGUGCACCCAGGACCACAUAGACUGACCAUGGUGGCGUACACCCAUCAUCCCAGCACUUGGGAAGUGGAAGCAGGAAGAUCAGGAGGACAAGGUCAUCCUGGGCUGUAAGAGACCCUUUAGAGAUGAGGAGUAAUGGACCUUCUCACUGAGUCAGUCUCAGUGAGUCUUUGUUUCUCUGCACUUCAUCCUGACAUCCCUCCCAACGACCCACUGGAAAUUUAAUAACUAACAAUGAAGUGCACUUUCUCAGCCAGUCUGAUUUCUGCCAGAACUGGGUUAGGAAUGUUCAGAAAACACUCACUCUCCGACUUUAUACGCCAUUUUCAUUUAUAUUGAGGGAUUAUCUUGACACUUAGAUAUUAGAUCAAUAUCCAAAUUCUUUUAUAGAUAAAUCAUUCUGGCAUAUUCCCACCCUACAGGCAAGAUUUGACUGGGAUUGUAGGUUCAUCUCACAGUUCCCAAACCUCUCAACAUAAAGUCUGAUCUUUUCUCCUGGGGAAACCAGAGAAAAGAGGAUGACCAUUCCUCAUUUGUCUUGGAAUUGCUUUCACAAGGAUGAAUUGCACUUACAUUAGUGUUGUGAUGGUAAUGAUUUUUCCCUACCCUGACAUGCUUCUAGAAGCAUUGUAGGUACCAGGUGUUUGGAAUAUUUGUGUGCCAUCUUUCUGAGACCUCUUAUUUUGGAAAUGAGUACACAGGCAACAACCCAUGACUUCAACCUUGUAACAUAGCUUCAAACUGGUUCCCUGUGCAGAUGUCCCUGCCCUACUCAUCUCACUAUUUAUAGGACUGGCUGAAUUAAGCUGUUUUGAACUAAGAAGUAGAUACAUAUAUUUUUAAAGAGUGUUCCUAGAUCAACUCUGGCAUAAAGUUUGUAGAAAGGCAAUUUUUUUAAAAAAGCAAGACAUAUAACCUCAGGUACAAAACUAUUGCAUGCAUCAGUACUUAAGAUCUGCCUAUGACUAUUAACCAAAGCAUGCAAGAUAACUUCACUGAAUGUAAACUGGCCCAUUCACCCCAUGCAUGACUGGUGUCAUAGGCUAGCUUGUGUCGUCACUCUUCUCGACAAGCAAGCACUUCCUAAUGUCAUCCCAAUCUUUUCUGUUUGCUUUUUCCAUCCCAUCCUGUAGAUUGUUGGCCUGCUAUCACGUUGGCAUUGAUCAGUGCUCACAGGUUAGUUCAUACACUGUGACCGCCAGUCCCACCCUCUUGAGAGACCCAGAUACAGACGUGGGUCCUUUAAAACCCACUUGAGGCUCAACAGAACUGAAACUGACAAGGCUGCACAAUUGUCCCCGAACGAGAAGCUCUGAGCUCUGAACUCUUAAUAAAAUGUACUUCAAGUUUUCUUUUCUGAAAGUUUAGGGGAAAAUAGAAAACAUUUGGCAUUCUAAAUUAUGUAGGAAGGUUAAAGUGAUGUCAUGCGCAUGAAGAUCACCCUGAGGCAGAGCGGACAUGGGCCCCUCGUUUCUCACUGGGAUGGUAUGUCACAGGGUAGAGUGGAGAAUAUUGUUCAACAGCAAAGGUCAGUGUCCCUCUC